UAAAAAUCAUGAUGAUCAAGAUUGAUUUUGGUUGCAAACAUUUAUGGCAAUCAAAUCAACCCCCACAAUGGGAAAAAUGUUUAGAUUGUCAUAGGUACACCCAGCCUUCUACAAAGUUGAAAUGCAUAAUAUGCUCAAAAGUAUAUUGUAUAUUCUGUCACAAAAAAUUAAAAGAAGAGGUUAAACAAGUACAGCCUUCAAAACCUGUAAAUCAAAUAAACAUCCCUGCAUCGAAUGAAGAACAAUUAAUCAGAGAUGUAGAAAAAUUGUCUCUAUUGCAAGAAAUGAAAUCAAUGAAUAAAACACUCAAUGAAAAAGGAUGAAUACAUCUUGCAAUAAGAAGAACAAAUAGAAUUUCUCCACCAUAGAACAAAGGAAUUGGAGAACCAAUUAGCAAAACUUCCACUCAAAGGAAAAGAUGCUAAUGAACCAACAGCAAAUAAAGAAGAACAAAUCUCUACUUUAUCAGCUAAUGUUCCAACAAACCCCAAAGAUCCAAAUACCCUACUCAGCAUACUGUGUUCAAUCACCUUAAAAAACGGAGAAACAAAAGAAUUCUUAGGAAUGAUUGAUACAGGAGCAUCUAAAUCUCACAUCCUUGAAACAGAAAUCCCGAGUUCUCAAGUCUCAACAAUGAAAGCUGUUUAUGAAACUCAAAUGGAUGAAACCCAACUCAAAUAUGAUAAAUGUCUAAAGGAUGCAAAAAUAUCUUUCUGGGACUGGGGAUUAAGAAAUUUUGGAGAAAAGUACACCUUACCUCAAGUAAUUGUACAUAAUAUCCGAAAUAAUUAUCCCUUCAUAAUUGGCUUAAACUUUAUCACUCACUUCCAGGGCCAAAUGACAAUUUCUUCCGAUGGAGUACAGUUUGCAAAACGAACCAAUUACACCCCAACGGAUAGAUAUGUCAUGAAUCUUCCAAACCCAGAAGAAAUAGCACCCCAAAAAUCCAAAAUAAAUUAAAUAAACAUUUUGAAUAUAAUAGUAAUUAUUUAAGUAGUGAUGAAAAGUUUUUUGAUGAUUUAUUAGAAUUUGAUUAUACACCAAAUCCCUCAGAAGAGACGUUGGAAAUAUUUGAAGAUUCUAUAGAUUAUCAGUUUUUUGAUAACUUAAUUAAUGAAGAAGAAGCGGUGCAUGUAAAUAUAUAAAAAACUCUUUCAAACUUUCAGAAAGAAGAAAACAAAAGAAAAAAUAAAAAUUACAAAAAGGUUCAAAUAUCCUGUGUCAAAGAUAGUGAUAGUGUUACCCUAAGACUGUUAAGUGAAAAUGGAUAUUUUAGUCUCGAAAGAAUGAAAUAUUCAUUGGUACACAUAGGGUUAAUCACUAUAGGAGUUAAAACACUUCAUAGAAAGGGUCUAGGUACAAAAUGCCUUUUGACUCUUUUAGACACAAGACAUCAGGAUAUGAUUCAAUCCCUUAUAGGAUCUAUCGAAAUAGACCUAUUUGAACAAGGGGGAUUUGCUUAUUUUACUGCCAAUUUCCAAAUGGAUAUAAAAGCCUUUAAACAAU